CGAUAAGUUCCAUACACGAGGCACAGUGAGCGAUGCCGACAAUCUCUUUAAAGUGGGUGGUCGUCUCGGUCAGAUAGUUGCCUUGGUAACAGUUACGACGAUAAAGCGCUGAUGACGUUCGAAGUUUCCGCAGAACCGCUGCCGCGACAUUUUCCAGUACACCUACGCACCGCCCGUCAUGCUGCAGGACCAGCGUUAUACGUUGUUCGGAUUUUCUAAGCAACUGGACUGGAGACCUUUGCACUUUGUAGAACCUAUUCCCGCACACAGAAUAUGCGAUGCGUGUGGUCUGCUACCCAGAGUGACGGUCUUUUUGCCCUGUCGACACGUGCUAUGCAAAACAUGCUAUGAACACUGUCUUCUCGACAACGGACCGGCCUGUCCACUAGACGGUGACCAGUUUCUGGAAGGAGACGCCCAGUGGGUAGACUUUCCCUUGGAGAACCUGCUGUCACGAAAGGUAAAGUGCUGGAAUGAAGACAAUGGCUGUGAGUUGGCCAUGGCUGCUGCAGACCUAAGCGAGCACUUUUAUGAAGACUGUGUCCACCAUUCUGCACGCUGUCCGAAAUGCUCAGCGUAUGUUCUGUGGAAAAAUAUGUGUGCGCACAGGAAAAGUGACUGCCACACGCAUGCGCCGCCCAACAUGACCGAAUAUUUGAACCCGCGCAAUGGCUCCGUUCAGGAUGGAGUGUGUGUGGCCUUAGAGAGAAUAUUAGAAGAACGGAUAGGAGAAUUGAGAUUUGACUUUGAUACAGUUGUACGUGACAGCAGCGCUCUCUGUGACAGGUUAAACGAGUUUUCGCACGUUAUAAAUGAUCUGAGAGAGAAAGUGAUGCAGUCGUUGGAAAAGCAAUCGCCUGCAACGGAUGACAAUCUUCCCUCAGACAAAGGCAGAAUCGCGACCGUUAAGGACCUUGACGAAGGCUUGGCCAAACAUGGUGACAUGCUUUCACAGCGUCUAAGCGCUUUGGGUGACGAAGUUAAAACAGGAGUUGUACACGCAGCAAGGCAAUCUCUCGAAAUGGUCGAGCACAACAGUGCUGAAUUAAAGCGGCAUUCUGCUACCCAUGGGGGCCUACUGCAUGAAAUUACUCAAACUGUGAAGUCCUUCGAGGUUAUUCUUGAGAAAGCGCUCGAGCGUGCAACAGAGACAAUCUCCCUGAUGUGUUCAACAAACGCUCAACGCUUUGUUGCAUCAAAUGCUGCUCAAACGCAAAGCAAGCAAAGUGCAUCAGAUGUGAAAAAAGAUCUCCUCCUCGGACACAACACGCUAAAAGUUACAUGCUACGAAUUUUACGUCAAGGGAAUAAAGUCACUGAAAGAAAAAGCAAGGUUAACUGGUUGGAGCACCUACUACAGCGAUCCCGUCUACUUGUGCGGCUAUUGCAUCUGUCCAGGAGUGUAUCUGAAGAAAAGUGACAGUUCCGUUUUUGUGCACGGGCUUUACCGCAUACACAAGGGAGUUAUCGACGAAUUUCUUCAGUGGCCCUUCAAUAAUAACUUCAAGAUCGGUUUCAAAAAUUUGUCGAAAGGUAGAAGCCGCGAGAUUUCAAAUCGCAUUGGUCAGAGUCUUCAAGUUUAUGGCAAGCCCACGGAAUCGAUGAAUGUGGCUACCUAUUUUUACAAAGGAUGCGACAUUGAAGAUCUCGAACGUGAAUGUUACGUCGAGAGCGAUGAGCUGUGGGUAAAAUUUGAGGUUGUUCCUACGACGCCGGAUUGAAACAACCAUUCUCGGUCCUGCCGUAUCGCAUGAUGAGUGGCAUUACUAAGAUUUAAGAUUGUUUGUGAAGUGGGUGAAACUUGCUGUGUAAUAUUUUGUAAUUUGAAUAAACGCAGACUAACAUGUA